AUGAUUUUAGGAGACGCAAGACACCUCCCGACUCUUUCUUCGAGACGCAAGACACCUCCCGACUCUUUUUUCGUACCUCUUCCACCUUCUCCAGUUGAUGAUUCUCUGAGCCCCAAGACACCUCCCGGGUGUCUUCUGGUACCUCUUCCACCUUCUGCAGUGCCACUUCCACCUUCUUCAGUUCAUGAUUCUCUGAGUCUCAAGGCACCUCCCGAGUGUCUUCUGGUACCUCUUCCACCUUCUGCAGUGGAUGAUUUUGUGACACCAGAGACACCUGCCAUCGAGUGUCGCCUUCAUGAUUCUCUGAGUCUCAAGACACCUCCCGAGUGUCUUCUGGUACCUCUUCCACCUUCUGCAGUGGAUGAUUUUGUGACACCAGAGACACCUCCCAUCGAGUGUCGCCAGGGACCUUUACCAUCUUCUAGAGUUGAUGAUUUUAUGCAUGAUUUUCUGACACCAGAGACACCGCCCGUUGAGUGUCGCCGGCGACCUUAUCAUUUCUUCGAGCUGAUGAUUUUAGGAGACGCAAGACACCACCCGACUCUUUCUUCGAACCUAUUCCACCUUCUCCAGUUCAUGAUUCUCUGA